GGAAUCGAAAUAAAGUAUAUUACAGGAGAUAUUCAGUUGUUUUAAUCAUAAAAUGGAUUUCUAUUUGACAACUAGUGCCAGUACUUUUCCGCGUAUCAAGAUCAUCUGGCCUAUGCACGAGGUUAAUAGACCGUGAGUUAACUUAAAUUUUAACUACGCAAAAAUGGCGGUCAACAUUAUGAAGAAUCAUUUUACAACAUGGCCUGUUUCCGCCAAGGUCGUGGCUACAACAUUCGAUUUGUCUAUCCAUUGGAUGCUAGAUUGAGAUGUCCGAUUGGUAUUCAUCUGUUGCGAAGAUCCUUUCAGACUGACUGUGGCCAUCGUUAUUGCGAAGAUUGUAUUAAACAACUCAAAAUGUAAGUGAGGAUUUUACAAUAUAGUGUCAGGGUCAUGCAUUGCGGGCUUUUGUUAUUGUUUUCAUUUUACUGAAAUACAACAAAUAGCGAUAAAAAUCCUUGUUUGGCACAUUUCUGAUACAAAUCAGACAAAAAGAGCAAGGAUUAUGAAAGGAUGGUUUAAAUAUAUGACGGAUUGUAAAAACUUUCCAGAUCAUAAAACUUUCCACAUUCUAUCAUUCAAUAGGCAGAACUCAGUGUUUGCAAAAAUAGAAUGAAAUUUGUGAAAGUUACACUGCAUUUUUAAUAUAGUUCUAUUAAAACCAUAACAAAGUUUGACAAUAAUUUUGAAAGACGAAGGGUAUAUCGUAUAUGAUCGUAUUAAAACCAAUCCGAAUAUAAAAUUGAUUCCGUAAGCGUUUUUGUGGCUAGCCCUUCGCGGGCUAGCCACUAUGAUACGGGAUGAGCGGUGGUGGUCGGUCAACGAUGUCUGUCCGGAUUGUCGUGAAAUUAUCGUGAGCGGAAGUGAGGCCGACAGUAUGGCGAUCGUUUGUUUCGUGGUUUCGGUUAUCAUCGGAAAUUUGGCGGAAGUGAUGAGGCCCGACAGUUUGACGAUCGGUUAUUUCGGUUUUCAUCGGAAAUUUUUGAACUUCAUGCCUGAUAAACAUUUCAUCUCUGUGAUUUCAUGCAAACAAAUAUUUUCGUUUUGAGGUCUUUUCGACAGCUGCUGUUUAAAAAAAUAUGAAAAUUUUGCGAACGAUAAGAGAAGUUCUACAAAAGGUAAGUUAGGAGAAAUCAAGGAGAUUUUGAUCACGCUUGAUAUAAAGCUUUAUAUAGUGAGUUUAUAAUCCUGUUUAUAAUCAAACGUUCUUGCACAGAUCUUGAAUUUUUAUCCAUUAUGUGGGUAAAUUUAUAAGAAGCAAGCCCAUUGUUUACAUAUUUUACAACGAUACUAAAACCGCCCUAUCCACUUGCAGGUAUAAAACUACAAUUAACACAGAAAACAGGCGGGACUAUUUUAUGAGUUUAUGCUAAUAUAGUCUAUUGUAGUCACUAGCCUGGAAGCUCAGUCUGUUUACAUACAGUUGAAGGAUCUUCUAGAUGGAAGUAAUUGAGUGAAAAUGUAUUAUUUUACAUUCAUUAGACCUAUUAAACCAGGAAAUGCAACUGUAGGUGCAGUUUAUUUUUGGAUAUCUAGUCCAGAUGUAAAUAACAUAUAUCUGAUCUAGGAUCAGCAGGGACGUAGAGACACGGGCGUGUGUGUGUGUGUGUGUGUGUGUGUGUGUGGGGGGGGGGUUGUAAACCCCACAACUGUGAAACUCAGGUAAAACUCAUGUACAUUGUAAAUUUUGACAUUUUCAGGUAAACUUUGUGUAACAAAGUCGUUAUUUUUGUAAAAUGAUGACCAUUUGACAUCCGGCACCCCACCCCCCACUCCAAACUUCAGAUGCUUUGCUACAUCUCUGAACAUUAGUGCAAUCACCAUACAACACUGACCCUUGCAGUUACAAGGGUAUAUAUGAAGAAGAAAACCCACAGCCAUGUGAUGAGGUCAUAUCGACACGUUUCAACAUUUCUUUUCAGCACUUAAUAACAGCAGUGUCAAUUGAGUAGCAUGUUCAUACUCUUAUUCCCACAGUUAAAUGUUGUUUAACCCAAUGAGCUGCAAUGUGCCCCAGUGCACCCUACUUAUUUCUUUUACUUGUCUAACGCCAGACGAUUUUACCCAUCAAUGGGGAAGCUCUGCUGCUUAAUGGGUUAAAUUUAUACCUGCAUCAUUUACAAUGUGUCAGUCUUGUGAGCUGCCAGUAAAUAUUUGGUUCUUAAUUUUAAACAAUUUGCAGAUGAAAGCACAAUUCAAAAUCAUAGUGAUGCAUGGCAUCUACAGUACUUCAAACAACUAAGUGAACACAUAUUCUGAUCAAUUUGCUGAUAAUAUGGUGACUGGUGAUAAUAUUGGAUAAUAUAGGAAGAUCAGGAUAUUUGCACAAGUGUCAGGGCAAUACAAGUUAGUGGUGUCGGUGAUGACAUAAUUGAUUUGAUGAGUUCAUUAUAAAUUCCGAUGCUGUUAGAUCUUACAAUAAAUAAAAAUGUUUAAAAAUAUAAUAUAAUAUAUUAUUAAAUACAUUAUGUUAAAUGAAGAACUUUGAAUUUAAAGGUUUUAUGAAAUCUGCAAUGCCAGCAAUUCAAGAAAAGCUAAUAACUUGUAAACCAGACAACAGAAUAUAUCUGUAACAAGAAACCGGUGUAAUGAAAUCUUAGUGAAUUACAUAUUAGUGCAAUUUUGAAAAACAAAAUAAAAUUGACAUUAUUAGUUGCUGUAUGUAUUAUAUCAUUAUUAAAGCAAAACCAUGUUGCUUUUAAAUCAAGUGAUUCUAACCAUUUGUUGGCAUUGUAAGAAAGAUACUGCAUCUGUUUUAUUUUGACCAUUGUUCUAUUGUAAUGAUUAAUUUUGUAUCAAAAUGAAUGUUUGUGAUGAAUGUUCAUGACAAUGUGAAGUCCGGCUGUAUUCGACCAGGCUGAGUAGGCUAGCCACAUGUACGCAGUGCGUACCUAUUUUUUUGAUGGUUAUACAUAUUCAGAUAUUGGGGAGGGGCUUGGGGGCUUAUCUACAGAUGAGAUGACAUUUGAUGUUUUAGCAAUACUGUAGCAUGUAUUGUACCUGUAAUUGCUGUAAACUAUACCGUGAACAGAAAGAAAUAUAAACAUACAGUAUAUAACUUAUAUUGUUAUAUAGUUAGUGUCAAAGUUCAAUUUUUCUGUUUGCCGAUUGGUCAAAACCGUGUCACGUGCCGGUCCACAAAAUGUCAUGUUCGGCAAUCGGUCCACAAUGAAACAUUUAUUGACCGGUCAAUAAUAAAAUGGGUGCAAUAUGCAUGCGUGUCACACAACCAGGGUCUUAGCCAGAGGGCCGUGUUGGCCAUGUUAUCGCGGCCAAUAAGGGAAAAACACGGCUAGAUAAAAUGAAUGCGGUUUCAUUAUUUAUAUAAGGCUGUGUAGGUUCAUAAAAUAACAGACAGAAUUUCUUCCUAUUCACUGUACGUUGUAAGAAAGUUUGUAAAAUCUACGGUUAUUGUUGAAAUUGGCGAAAGUGAUCUGCAUGUGAUGUUUUAAUGUUUUGGUGGAUAAUGGGAACUGUAUGGUGUUACAAUGGUUUUAAAUACCCCCCAAGAGUUGCUGAAAAAACUUAAUAUUUUAAUGUCAGUGCGUAAUAUGAGCGUAUGCUCUCCUUGUAUUUGGUUGCAAAGCAUAGAACAACCACAGGUAUGGUCUGUUGUUGGCGACCAUAACUAGAACCGCGAAUUUGGCUAUUUGAGGUAAUUGACAUGUGCACACCCUGGUCAUUUAGAAACACGCCCAAGUUCUAAAAUCCUAGCUAAGACCCUGGUGUCAACCAUGAAAUUCCAAAGUUCAUUUUUUAUAUUUUUGUAUCUGCGAAGCAGAUUUAUUGCCAUCGUGCGCGUACCGGAAGUUUGUAAGCGUGCUCAUAGCCAAUCAACGACAGCGUAUAGAUGAAAUGACGUAAUGAUACAAAUUUCAAAAUGGCGGUUUACUAAAGGGUGAAACAAAAGGCAAUUUGUGAAUUUACGAUUUACAUUGUACAUCAAACGCGGUUUAAAACAAAGUCAUUUUACUAGUCUGAAUAUGGCAAAUGUCGAUAGUGCAUUUCAUCAUUUAAUACGCAGUGGAAACGAAAUGAUUCGCAAUUUUUGACUAGAAAAUUAUUGACUAAUGGCAUUGAGAAUACUAUUAUGAAACUAUGAAAGUAAUGAUUCUUCCACAUGUUGCCGUUGUAGGUGUAUAUCGAGUUGUAAGUGUUGAUGUUUAUGUACUUCUCAAUUUAACAUUUUCGUUGGUGACUUUAGUUAAUAUAAAUUAGUUGAAUGAAACCAAUAGAAGGCUAUAUAAUUUCGUAAGGUUACAUAAUUUCUUUAUCAAUUAUCAUAACUAUAGACAAUUGGUGUCUGCUUUCAUUACAGACUUUGAUAGAUCAUUUUUAUACAAAUUUAGCAGAGUCAGAAGCUAAGUCACACAUAUUGGAAACAUUUCUCUUAAAGCACUUUAUAGCAGUAUGUGCAUUGAACAAUUGCUUUCAUUAAAGAAAAGCCAAAGUAAUAGUGGCUGCAUAAAGAGCAGAGAUUCCGUUUUAGAUUGGAAUAUAAAUACUUAUAGUAACAGUUGCAACCAGUCAUAAUUAUCAACUUGCAGCAUAUAACUAUAUAUCCUGGAGGGGGUGCUCCCUUCUUCAUCCACCCUGAUUUCUGCAACUGAAUGUCAUUGCCAAGAACACCAGGCAAGCAAUUUAUAUCCCCUAUCCUAUACUAUAUUGUCUUAUAAUCAACAACAACCAUAUGUCAUAAUGGGAUCUUAUUUAUAGCACAAAAUGUACAAAACUAACAUAAUAUUCUGUUUAGUGGAUUUUCUUCCACGACAAAAUAUUGCAUGGAUCUGGUAUGCUGAAUUAUAUCAUUCUAUUCAAGAACUAUAUGCAUCGAUUAUACUUCUAAUUUCCAUACUUGUCACCAUUUGUUGCUGAUGAAUGACUUUCAAUAUAUGACCUAUUUGAUAUAUUUAUAUAUAUAUCAAAUAGGUCAUAUAUUUUAUCUAUAUAUUUGUGUGCCAUACAUGAACCCUGACUGACAUUUUCUGAAAUGAAAUAGAUCAAUUAUAAACAGCAGAAAUGUUGAUGUUAUGUAUCAAUUAUGGUAUAAAAAGGCUUUCAAAACUCUGCAAAUGUAUAUUGGCACCACCUGUUAUCCUGACAACUUCUAUGCAUCUACAACGUUCUUGCAUGCCUGCUAAAGUUUAUUAUGAACUAUCAAGAAGAUUUGGAACCCGAAAUGUUUUAACAAGAACACAGGGAUGGAUUUACUGGGGGGGAUGCGGGGGGUGUGCACCCUCCCCCCCCAAGCCUUGGCCAGAGGGGGUGCAGGAGGGGUGUCCUAUUUUUCAUGAUAAGCAAAAAUUAUUAGAGACAAAAUGAGAUACAGAAAUUUGAGUAAUAAUAUGAUGAUAGGCAAACUGUGAACAACUCAAAUACUGUAGCCAAGCAAGACUUUGCAAUAGUGAAGCAAGUUGAUGGGCGGGCGGCACACAUGACCGACACAACUCGGCACCAGAGCGGACCGAGCAGCCCCCCCCCCGUAUCAGAUCAUGCUGGAUCCAUCCCUGCAAGAAAAUUAUAAAACUAAGAUGAUUCAACAAGAACAUCAUAAAAUUGAAUAUCAUCUUUGUGAAGUUAUGGCCGGAAUUAGUUUCUGCAAGUUGAAUAUAUAUCAGCCAUUUUAUUUUUCUUUCAUCUGACAUACUAUAAAUCUAACUUUAUUUAACUGGUCAACUGUUAAACAUCAGUCCCUUAAAUUUUUUUACAAGCUACUGAGUGUUGAUUGAAGCCCUUGGCAACAGUGCAAUCACCAUGAGCAGAUACAUGUACGCUUAGCGUACCUAUUUUUAAACUUUUUACUAAACGUUUACGGCGUUCCAUUUAUCCAGUUUUGGUUUCAAAUUAAGUUCACUCUAAUAACUGGUGAAUUAUUCAUACUUUUACACUUAUAUACUAUAUAACAAAACACUUAUUUACUGAGACCUCGGGAAAGCAGUGUGUUUUGUGGCCCCUCGACCGCCGCAGACCUGCCAACCUCCAACAGCAACAAAUCUAGAGAUCUGAUAGAAAAUUUCUUGAGAUUGAUCUCUUAUUUCUGGAGAUAAAAUACUGAAAAUCUGGGGUAUUUCUGGAUGAGACAGUUACUGUAAUCAUUGCCUGUAGAUGACUGAUCUAUGUUCUGUGACAUAGCAAUUUUUAAUUACUGUCCUCCAAAAUAAAACUUUAACUCAACAGUUCACUUACAAAUUCAACCUGGUCUUAGUCUACACGAGUGUAUCUUACUAAUUCGGGAUACUAUUCCAAUUUUUAUCCCACACAUCCCUGUUGAGGAACCUUGGAAUUCCAGAGGAAGGAGGAUGAUUUUCAACCACUGACCUGCAUUUUCAACCAUGGAAAUGGGGGGUGGGGGGUGUAAAAAUCAAGUUCCUUAAUGUGAGAUGAUGUGAAUAUAAAACAGGAAUAGCCCAUUGGCCAAUUUGAGAAGUUUCGAUCUGCUUCCGCCAUUUUCUUGCAGUAAAUUUCCCGCUCUGCACCGGCGAUACACUAGGUUAUUCAAAAUGGCGGAGCACUUGGUAAUGAGUAAAUAAACACUAAUAGUGUUGGGGAUUUUUUACAAAUUAGAAUUACCGUCAAUAGCCAGUUUUAUUUCAUAUCAAUCACUCCAAUUUUAAAGUCUAGUGGUGGUUAAAAUUUCAAAAUUGUGAAUCCGUGAGAUUUGCCAAAUAUUUCCGUGAGUCCGUGAGAUAAUGCCUGAAUUCGUGAGUCACACGGGAAAUCCGUGAGAGUUGGUACAGUAGGUCUGCCACAACGGUGGUCUCGGGUCCACAAAACACACUGUUUCCCUUGGUCUCAGUAAAUUAUGUUGGAUUCUUUGUCUUAAGAGACGCACAACCAAUGAUAGUUCGUCUAGACGCAUAAUGCGUCUGUGCAUAUAAAUAAUAAUAAUAAUAAUAAUAAUGUCUUAAAUCAAACAAAGCGAGACCGUGAUGCAAAAAGCCAACAAUUAUCGUUAAAAAUUCAACAUGGCAGCUAAGGAAAAUAACGUUUCGGCUGCUUCCCCAGCCAGUGCCGUCGCAAGGAACUCGCUUCAGGGAGGCUGUUUGGUUAAAUCUACCUGAAAGUACCAAAUUUUCGAAUUUUACCUGAAAAUUUUUUUUCCCGGAAAAUUAUUUUCGGCGAACUGCCCCACAACCCUCCCACCGUCGCCAAAAAAAAUUCGGUCUGUGUACCAUUUUAGGGGUAAAAAAAUUUUUCCAGACAUCCAAAUUUUUCACAUUAAAAAUUUUUCCGAUAUCACAAAUUUUCUCCGUUUAUCAAACAAAUUUUUCUAAAAUUCUGAAAAAAUUCUUGGAUUUUCUAACAUUUUUGUAAAUAUACCUUAUUUUUUUUCAAAUUGACAGUUAUUUUUGUAAAUUAACUUUCUCUGGUCCUAGGAAUUACCUGAAUUUGCAUUGAUUUACCAGAAUUUCUUCUGGAAAAUCUACCUGAAUUUACCUGAAAUUGCUCAUAUGAGCAAUCAUCAGGGGGUGUUACCCCCCCCCCCCCGGUCGCUACGGCCCUGUCCCCAGCUGUUUCAACAUCAAAAAAGCAGCAAACGUUUUGUCAAUGGACAGAAACAAAACUCAAAUACCUUGUGCUUGUGGACGAAGAGACCGAGUUUGCAUACAGACUUGAUAUGAUUGCCCUCAAGAAAACGGCUAAUAAAACUGUAUUCGAAGGGGUUUCAACUGAAUUAGAAGAAAUCAUGUUGGAAGAAGAUUUCAAAGAAGAAAAUCGGCGCGAACAUAGCCCGCGUGCAGGCCCAAGGGAAGUGAUAGCCCGCGUGCAGGCCCAAUGUAUCACUUCCCUUGGGCCUGCACGCGGGCUAGCGCAAACAUUGUUGUUGAAUUUUGCCGCCAAAAUGAGAUCUAGUACCUAUGCCUUUUUUACAUUUCAGUCGCGCAAUUAUUAACCUAUUCGUCUGAUAGUUCGUCGGAUUAUUCAUCCCGUCUUUAUACUAGACGAAUAAUAUAGAAGACGUAUUAUGCGUCCAGACGCAUAAUGCGUCUCUAGGAUAUAAACGGCUAAUGACUGUGCUAUCAAGUGUUAAAUUAACAUAGGUGAUAUAAUCUUUGUGCUUCAAGGUCAUUAAGGUACUUGUGGCUGUUGGGUUUAAAACUCUAUAGAAAUGCACAACUUUGUGACUUGUGUAUUUUGUGAAAGUAUUCUGCAACAUGUUCCCCAUAUCCUUGCACAUAUGUUAACACGGUCCUCUUCAGUUAAAAUAACUUAUAAAUUUUAUCUAGUGGAGACCAAUUCAAGUGUCCCUUGGAUAAUCGUGAACUGUCUCCUCAACAAAUUCACGAAGAUGUUGCUUGCAACAGUGAAAUCUUGAAGCUACAAUGUUUUUGCACAAAUAAAAAUCUUGGUUGUGAAUGGACUGGCCAGUUAAGUGUUCUUGAGGUAUGUUAUACAGUUAUAAGAAAGGUAAUCUAUAUAGUCUUUGUAUGUUAUCAUGUGUUAUUUAGGUAUUAAGUCUAUAGAUUUACUUUCUUCAUACUAAGAUCAUCAAGCUUUUAGCUGUCAAAUGACAAUUUUUUAAGUGAACUUUCCGCUUUCGGAAAUGAAACGCUCCUACGAUUUUUGGACAUUUACCCAUGUUGCCUGUUCGGGAAAUGUUGGCCAUUCGAAAAGAUGCAAGUUCAAAUUCCGCGCUAUGCAGUCAACUACAUGCAGUUGACUUUGACAAUGUAAGAAGUCAUCUUGAAAUUUUCUCGUCAUGUUUCCUUGAGGAUGGUUCUGUAAUAUUUUGUUCUUUGCUAAAUGUUUUUGUGAACAACGAAACCUAAUUUUAUAUCAAUUUUAUAUCAACGAAAACUGCACGCAUUUAAUAGUGUCUAAGUUAAGGUGGCUUCCUACAGUUGUAAAUAAUAAGGUCUUCACAACGACGCAAAAUAUUUGCUAUUUAUGUGAAAUGGGGAUUUUUUUGAAGUGGAAACACUUGCGUAAUCUUCAUACUUCAAGCUUUACAUACGGACUGUACCGCAUCUUUAAUCGUUCGAAAGAACCAAAUUAUGUGUUGCUAUGGUAACAAUAUGGCCUAAGCGACAGCAGAUAAAGAUCUGAACUGAUCUGGACUGAAAAUGAAUUUAUUAAAAUUUCCUUCAGUCAAAGUUUCUGAAAUUUUGUAGGUGUAAAGGGAAUAUCAAAAAAUUAGAGGAGAUUAUAAAUUCAGUUUUUGAGAUAUGCAAAAUUUGUUCCACAAAAAAACUGUAAAUUAUAGAAUUUUUUAAAAAUUGAAUAUAUUGCAAUAAAUGACCCAUACUUUUAAAAUACAAAAUUUCAGAAAUAUUUACCGAAGGAAAAAAGUUAUUGCAUUACAAACCUUGCGCGGUCAAAUGAAAUUUUUGCCGACAUGAUAAAAUUUCAACUCGACAAGAUCACGUCAUUUCAUUACCAGUCCCAUGCUUAAACAACUGUAGGCAUAUAUGCUGUGUACUUCAUCUACAUCUAUAUUUAUUAAGUCGGUAAAAUCCUUUCGAAUAUCACACCAACUAUUUAUAACUAUACCUAUUCUAAAAAUCUAUAUUUACAACAAUAUUUACUAUUAUUAAAUACAAUAUUUACUAUAUUAUAUUUACUAUUAUCAAAUACAAUACAAUAUUGACCAAGAUAGCUGCGUUUAAACUUGAGUAAACAUUUUUGGAAGUGUAGGGAAUUAACUAAAAACAUCCUAUUAAACUAACGUGAUAAUGCACCAGUCAAAUCAAAGCGUGCUCAAUCCCACUGCGGCGGCGCAUUUUCCUGUAAAGCACGUCCCGAGGGCCAAGCAUUUGAACUCAAACUUUGCCCAGGGGCGAGGCAUUUGAAAUUAAAGAUUUGGAGGUUUUACAAGCUGUAGUUUAAAAGUUGUAGUUUAAAAACGCAUAAAUUCGAACCACGCCGCAAACUUUAAAAAUAAAUGCACUAGAGUACUAGAUCAUGACGACAGCAAAACACGCCGGAGUAUGACGCACAAUACUUGAUAAUAAGAGGACAUUCGCUCGAAACGUCGAAGAAACUAUUCUCUUUAUUUUCAGAUAGUUGGAUAACCUACUCUUCUUCUUAGCCAAACAGUCCAGCUGUCUCCAUGGUCGGGGGGUUUGCUACUGAUUUUUUACCCCGCCGUGGGGCAUUUUCACAUGUUUUUUAUCCCUGCCCCCAGGAAUUUGUCGCAUAUUUUCGAAAAUUGUCAAAAGCCUGGGGGUUUGCCCGGGGGUGGGGUGGGGUUGGGGGUGGGGUAUGGGCACGCUUGGAUUUGACUGAUGCAUAACCGUUACCAUUUUAUUGUAAGUAUUCGUUUCAAUGAAGUGAAGUUGAAGUUACAAAUAUUAAUGUUUAUUGGAUGGAUAUGCUUUUUCAUUUUUAUUUUACGAUGUUUGGGAAAUUCAUGAAUAUUAAUUUAAAAGGCUGUUUUGAUUAAAAGUUUUACUCAGUCUAAAUAUUCAAUGUCCCUGGGAAAUCAAGUUCUAAUGUUCCAAGAAAGAAAAGUCACGUGUUUCUUUGUAAAUAUGCCCUCGUUUAUAACGAAGGACGAAAGAGUUUGGAUUUGUUUAGAAUAUGCAAGCUAGGGUAAAUACUGCUUGUGAGGUUAUACGGCGUUGGGCAGAUCGCUGGGGUAACCUUCGUGCCCCAAGUGAACAGUUACGAAAACUUUUCGACUUUCAAACGUUUUUGCGAGAGGGGACUUGCCACAAGCGUGCAUGUAUAGUGCGUAUAAACGUAGGUUACUGUUGUAUAUAUAGGUUAAAAGCCAAGGGAGAGGUUUUUAUUAAACUGUGAAGACCGAGGGCCCGAGGUCUUUACAGUUUAAUAAAAACCGAUACCCGCGGCUUUUAACUUGUUUAUAUACUCAUCAGACCAUAUUCUUUUGAAUUUUGGAGGUUUUCUUCAUUAAAAAUUCAAGCUAUAUUAAUUCAGUGAGAGGUCGCUGCAGUUGUGGGACGAAAUAACUAGGUGUAACAUGCGCAUUAACACGCUUUAAAAUGUGGUUAAGCAUGCGCAGUAUAUCAUUUCACGUCCCACAAGCAAAAGAGCAGAUAUUACUGUAUAAAUUCCCUGCACAAGCAUGUUUGAUGGUUGAUCCAGCUAGUCCUCGUGCGCCGAAUGAUAGAUACUCUUACCUAAUGGUAGAGUUUUGACGGGCUCUGAGGUACACGGCUGUUGUCUGUUUCUCGACUUAGAGACGUGCAACGUUUACUAGUCGAAAAGGAGAUGUGGGUCUUGAGUUUUCCUGCAAAUUCAAGUCCCGAAUUCAAGACUCAUGCCAGGUCUUGAAUUGAAAAUGUAAAACCAGGUAACUGGUUAUUAUUUUUUCGUAAUAACCCGGGUAGCAGGUUAUUACGGAAAAAUAAUAACCUGGUAGCAGGUUAUUACGGAAAAAUAAUAACCUGGUAGCAGACUAGCAGGUUAUUAUUUUUCCGUAAUAACCUGCUACCCGGUUAUUAUUUUUCCGUAAUAACCUGCUACCCGGUUAUUAUUUUUCCGUAAUAACCUGCUACCCGGUUAUUAUUUUUCCGUAAUAACCUUCAACCCCGUAUUUCCCCCGGAGAAAUCAAAUACCACCGCCUGCUUUUAGACUGAAGGUUAUUACGGGGGAGUUAAAAACCGACGAAAUACAAAAGAAUAUGGUCUGAUGAGUUUGUAAUGAUAUUUAAUAGUUCAAGGGUCUUGUAAAUGGAAAUUAUCAAGUGGAAAUUUUUAUACGUUUUAUAUUAGCCUUUUCCGCAAACAUCGCCUUUAGAUUAUCGGACUUUGUAAAGUAUACGUGAACCACGAGAUGCCUGCGGAUGAGGCAUCAUCAGACAUUAAUUGCUGUAAAAGGGUAUUGCGUAAUUGACUCAAGUAUAUAUGGUUAUUACUUUUUUAAUUUUAUAGACUAAAGAAUUUUAUUUUAGGGAGGUUCUGAUUUGACUUCCACUACCAUAAGCGACCAUUAACCAAUCAGAUGCGUUUGAUAUAUCCGAUUAACCAAUCAGAUGCGUAUACUAAGCCAGGUAGAGGUAGAGGUAGCGAUAGUGGAAGUCAAAUCUGAACCUCUCUAUAUAUUACCUGCAAGUAUUGAUCUUAAUAAUGUCCAUCAUUUGACUUUUUUUAAGGGGAGGUGCAUAAAAUCUCAGUAGAGGUGUACACCUCCCCUGAAAAUCUGGCCUCUCUGAAAAGUUUAUCUUUGGGACACUUCCAAACAGAAUGGGUCAACUUUUUGUCCACUUUAUUUAGGAUCACUAUCAAGAUUGCCUGGGGAUAUGUCCCAAUGAGGGAUGUAAUGUCAAAAUGCCCAAACGAAACCUUGGUGGGCACAUGAUAGAGGAAUGCCAGUUUAAGAAAGAACCAACAUCGACUAUGGAGGUAUUUUUCUAAUUAUGGCUAAUUGUGGACCUAAACAUGUUUAUGUCUGUUGUUAGUCAGUUAACUCCAAGAUUAAAUGCUCGAUUACCUUUGUUCCACUCCAUAAUUUUAUUGUCAGAAAACGUUCGCAAAGAUAACACAUUCUCUCCACAAGUGUCUUGAACUGACAUCACAUUUUUACCUCCGUCAGGAUGUUAUGUUUUCACUUGUGUGUGUUUGUCUGCUAGCAGGGUUACUAAGAAUAUCAAACAUAUUAAUUAUUAAUACUAAAAUUUUGGCGGCUAAUAGCAAUAGGCCAAGGACAAAUCAAUUGAAUUUUGGAUGGAAAAUUAACAAGUUUAUUUUGCUUACCUGCAUAACAGUUUAUAUUGAGAUCAUGCAUAUAUUGAUAGACCUUGAUAUAGCAGUUACAUUGGAAAGAUUUUCAAUUGGGCCCCUAGCCAUAACUGGCGUCGGGCUUUGAGUUAGGAUUGGGAUUAGGGUUUGCUUAGGUUUAGGGAGAGUUUGAGAGUGAGAAAUCCCUUUAUUUUAUCUACAGGUGAGUGGUCCUCAGGUGGCCCGCAUUGAUGAGGAAGUUACGAUGUCCGAGACAACAUACGAUGAUGGAAUCUUCUUUUGGAAGAUUAAGAAUUUCGGAAGACAGUUGGAAGAUGCUGUUGCUGGAAGAAAUUUGUUUAUCAACAGUCCAUAUUUCUAUGUUGGUCGAAAUGGCUACAAGGUUACAUUAAUAAUUCAUUCAUAUUAAUAGUCGAAAAUGUCUAAUACGGACAUCAUAUAGGGACACAUCGAAAUGUCCGUAUUAUAUAGGUAGGUAUGGCUGUACAUCAAAAAGGUGUUGUCCUACGACCUUUGGAAUACUAGCCCAAUGCUCAGUCAACUGAGCUACGCGGUCAGGUCGGUUCGAGUAUGUGAUAUUUCGGAGUUGAGUCUGAGGAGCUGAGUAGUAUUCCAAAGGUCGUAGGUUCGAUUCCCACCGUGGCCAGGCAUAUUUUUCAAGCUUGCCCUGUGUGGAUAUACACUCAGAGUAACAUCGCAAAACAUCAUAUUCACCUGAGUACACAACACCAACACAGACAAAAAAUCAUGAUUACUAGAUUGCAUUGAUAUCGAAGGAACUAGACUCAGUUCCGAAUAUCACAUACACGAACCGACCUGACCGCGUAGCUUAGUUGGCAGAGCAUUGGGCUAGUACUGCAAAGGUCGUAGGUUCGAUUCCCACCGUGGCCAGGCAUAUUUUUCAAGCUUGCCCGGUGUGGAUAUACACUCAGAGUAACAUCGCAAAACAUCAAAAAGGUGUCCGUAUAAGAAAGAUGUACAGCUUAGAGAGACAUCCAUGUUAGAGCGGUGUUCAUACUAGAGAGGUGUCUGUAUUAGAGAUGUGCUCGUAUUAGAUACCCUACCAUCCAUACACCCCAAAAUAUUAUAGAAGCAAGACGUUCGAUUGUAAUGACUUCAAACGAUGGACGAGACGAGUUUUCAAGAUAGUUUGCAAGUGCCUGGUUGAUUCUUUUAAGUUUUAACGAUCUUAAAAACAAAUGCAAGCCACUGUCACAGCAGAUACUGUCCCCCCUCCCCCGACCGUAUGUCGCACCGGAGACUAUCGCUCAUCGGAUUGGCUUUCCCCUGACAGUAUCCCCCCGGACACUAUCCGUGCGGGUCGCGUAUUCUACCUCCCUUGAAAACUGCGUGAUUGAGAGGUUUUACGAAAGUGGUCCACACGCUUUUUAAAUUCUUUGCAACUGUGUUUUUUUUUUAACUUGGAAACUUGGAAUGCAUGCAAUUGAAAUUGCGUUUUCACUAUCGUAUUAAUUCUAUUGUUAUUGAAAACAAAGAAAUAUCUUGGAAGUGUUUAAUUAGGCGACAAAGGAAUCUAAACGCUGAUAUUUUAGUAAAAAAUAAAGAUAUAAUAAUCGUGGCCUUUACUGUUGUUUGUUUUAGUACUGAAAUACGGCGUGCGCGUUAUUCUUCAAAAUUAAGAAUGUUUAUUCAACAAAAUUUGACAAAAAGAUUUAAAACAAUCCUUAUAAAUUUGAGUAUUUUUCGUUGAACUGUAUAUUAUAGCGGACAGAUUGUAUAACAGUAUAAUUCGUUGUUUAGGUAUGUGUCCGUGUGUAUUUGAAUGGAGAUGGCAUGGGUGAGGGCACCCACUUGUCUUUAUUCUUUGUUGUGAUGCGUGGUGAUUAUGACGCCUUGCUACCCUGGCCAUUUCAGCAGAAAGUUUCAUUCAAGUUGAUCGAUCAAUCUGGAAAUCAGCAGCAUAUCGUUGAAAGCUUUCAACCAGAUCCACAGAGCCCAAGUUUCCAAAGGCCCACAAGCAAGAUGAAUGUUGCGAGUGGAUGUCCAUUGUUUGUGCCCAAACCUAUCCUACAUGGUGCGCGUGGUGGGUAUAUUAAAGAUGAAACGGUAUUCAUCAAAAUUACCGUUGAUACCAAUGGAUUGCCAAUUUAUUAGCUUGCAAAAGGCUAACUUUCUGUUAUAUAACAAUAAGAUUUGCAUGCGUCUAGUUUUGUUUUUUAUUGUUUGUUUAAUUGUCUGCUAUCAAUUUGCAUGUUUAAUUAUUCUAAUUAUGUUAAUUAAGGGUCUUAGAGUGCUUCGGUCUUAGAGUGCUUAUGUUAAUUAAGGGUCUUAAGGCCCAUUUACACGGUACGAUUAGUUGUAUACGAUUCUUACUCUGGCGUAUGUGAUCGAAUAAACACGCGUACAAACGUCACAUUUCAAAUUUCGCCAUUAGCGAAUGAGCAAUAACGUGGCAUUAGCACUCGUUUUCAUUCGUCAGAAUGACAAUCGUAUACAACUAAUCGUAUCGUGUAAAUGGGCCUUUAGAGUGCUAGAAUUGCAACUGUCAUGUAUGACGAAUUAAUUUGCUUGCGCAAUUAUUUGUAAACGCUAUUCAUAUUAAUUUAAUCUUUUUCUGUAAUAACUUGAACAUGAGGU